AUGGCGAAACGAAGCAAGACCUCGCACACCACCCUCGCAUCCCGGGACAUAGACCAACACCGGGAAGACGAACCGACGAAGAGGAAGACACCUAAACACCAACGCCAAAGAAUGGAUGUCGACAACGAACGAGAAUCCUGCAAGAAUGGGAGGCCGUUCAAAAAACUCCCAAAGACAAAGAAAAAACCACAAUACGUACCGUAUGCGCCACCCUUCCUGCUGGGACCUCAGGAGAAUACGGCCAAUGCGGUGGCCAGCACGGAGCACAUCAUCCUCAAGGAGAUGAUUGUGAACCAGGGACCACUCCAAACGACACUCAUCCAAGCCCAAGUCAACGGCUUCUUCAGCACGGAGCUCCCCGACGACCUCACAAACGAGAACCCGCACUGGGGAAUGAUCCCGAAACAAGGAACCCCCCCAGCCACCACGAUCCCGUAUACAGUGGUCGAUAUGCCGAGAAUGGUACACAAACACUCGACCUUGCUAGGGAACAUGAAAGCAGAGGUGAAGGACAUGCUGGAUAGCAGACGAGGAACUUCUAUCCUGAUACUACCCCUUGGAGCGGGAAACAAGUUCGUUAGGGAGAACGAUCGCUACGCGGAGAAGGUACUCACCUUCCUGAAAAGCCUCGAGUUCGCAGGAGGGCAAGCAGUAACAGUAGCUCCCCCAACACACCAAUUUGAACCGCCCACGAAAGCCCGUUUUGCACUGCCCUUCGCGUACAUCGCCGGAAACGUACCACCCGAGCUACGUAACUUCCUCCUGCAUCGACAAACCUUUGCCUUCAAAAUCCUGGGGAAGGAGAUAGCCUUCCAAGCAGUAGAACCACCGCAAGAUGCCCCGAGGUCGUGGGUGAUAGCCAACUACACAGGAGGAUGUGUAUCGAGCGACAUUGGGGAGAUGAAGAAAGCCCUGGGAGCCAUUAUCUCCAGCCUCUUUGACGAUGACGCUUUCACACGCGAGGUCAGCAAGGCCUUGGCAGCCAAGAACGUAGGCCAAUCGGUUCUAGAAAGAAAAGUAAUCAUGCUGUCCUUCCUCAGCCUUGCAUUCAUCCACAGGUCUACGGACGAAGUGGAACAUACCCCGGUAUGGCAGCUAGUGGGGCGACCGCUCUACGACAACAUGAAAGAACACAGGCUGUGGCUGAAGAAGUUCCGAAGGACGGCCUUCAAUAUAGGAGACAUGAAGUACCUCACCUCGACCCAAGAAGUUAUUGGGUGUGUGUGGUGUAAGGCGGAGACCCAUAGCAGCGAGGACUGCCCGUUCCCGAGGUUGGAAGACUGGAAGGAUCCGAUCCCCAACCACGCAUUCGUGAAACCGGAACCACUCUACAGACCGGAGGUAGGGGCCAAGGAGCGAGAAAUGAAGAAGAAAGUAAAGAAAGACAAGGCGGCUAAGAAAAGAGGAAAGAGAGCGGCUCAGACGGGAAAAUAG